AGAAACAGGAGGAAGAAAGAAAAAUAAAGAAAAAAUAAAGAAAAGAAAAAGAAAAUAAAAGGGAAAAUGCUGGAAAAUUUGGAAAAAAAUGCCAGAAAAGUCCAGAAAAAUGGGAGAAAAGUCUGGAAAGUAUUUUGGGGCUCGAUGAGCGUGCCAGAAGCUUGGAAAUGGGAUUUUGAGCACAAGGUGGCCUCCCAUGAGGCAUUGCCGGGUUGGACAUUUUUCGAAUUUGUCCUCCAGAUUGUUAAGGUAAUUAAUUAAAUUCCUUUUCGAGUUAAUUUCUCUUAUUCGAGAUACUGAAUUGUGUAGUAUUGAUUGAAUUGAACCCUCGGUGGGGUUGAUUGGAAAUUGUUGAUGGAUGGUUUUGAUAGUGUGUGUGGCGAAGUUGAGGGCAUUGGUUUAAUGCCGGAUGUUGAUAGAGUUGGGUUUGUGUGCAUUUGUAUCUAGGUUCGACCAGGGAGGCGGUGAUCCUAGAAGAGCUCGGAGUUCGGGCUAGCGUUCUCGCCGAGGCAGGGAUGAGGCUUCGAGCCAGUUGGCGAGCUAUUUGGUCAUGUACGGAAAAGGCAGCCUUGGGCUGAUCCUAAGAUUGUCAAGCAACUUAUAGAUGCAAACUUACAUGCAUUUUGGGGAAAGGACCACGGAAGAUGAUGAAAUGGCUAUCAAAAAGCAGAAAGAGAAGCCUGUUAAAGUUGAGGAAUGUUCUACAGCUCUGGAUACUCCCCAAAAACCACCUGAAGAAGAACUCAAUCCAUUUUUUAUAUUCCCUUCACCUGAGGAAAACUAUAAGGUGCAUGCUGAAAUAUAUUUUAGUGAUCAUCCUGUGCUGAGAGUUUGCAAUUCAAGGGAGACACUCAAAAAGCAUUUGAAGGUGACAGAAGGGAAAGUAUUCACACGUUUUCCACCAGAAUUUAAUGGGUAUCUUCAUAUUGGUCAUGCCAAGGUAAUUUAUAUCUAUUUGAUCAGUGGGAUUUUUUUGCUUGGGGUAAAGUGCAGAGGAAGAUUUGGAAGUCUCUUUUGUAUGCGGCACCAUGGAUGAU